UCCUCUGCUCUACCUACUUAUUAUACAUCAUUUCUCCACAUUGUUCAUCAGCUCUCUUUAUCUUUAUCUAGCUCUCUCUUUCUACCCUUACGCAUAAGAGUUCUCGAUGGCCCGAAAGAUGGAAGCUAAAGGCGGAAAGGGAGGGAAUCAAUGGGAUGAUGGAGGCGACCAUGAAAAUGUAACAAAGAUACAUGUACGAGGUGGUCUUCAAGGAAUUCAAUUCAUCAAGUUUGAUUAUGUCAAGGCUGGACAAACAGUUGUUGGACCAAUCCAUGGUGUAUCAGCUAAAGGUUUCACACAAACGGUAAGCAUGUUAAAUAUAGAAAUACCUAAACUUUUUUUAUUUUGUAAUAUGUAUGAUGUUAUAUAUAGAUGCACAUAUCCAUGGGACAAAAUCAUUGGGUUCACACUUGAAGUCCCUAGUGGAAACAAAAUCAUUGGGUUCCAUGGAUCUGCUGAGGCAAAUCUAAAAUCUCUUGGAGCUUAUUUCACACCACUUGCUGCCAUUAAAUUGGAAUACCAAGGCGGUUCUGGAGGCAGCCCAUGGGACCAGGGUUAUCACACCGGCGUAAGAAAAGUCUAUGUUGCAUAUGACUCCACUGGGAUAUCGCAUAUCAGGGUCGACUACGACAAAGACGGCAAAGUGGAAACGCGUCAAAACGUGGAUAUGUUACAUAUGAAUCCGCCAGGAAAACCAAACGAGUUUGCAGUGGACUAUCCAUAUGAAUAUAUUACAUCAAUGGAGGUGACCUGUGACAUAGUCCGUGGCAGCACAGACCGAGUUAGGUCGUUAAGUUUCAAGACAUCAAAAGACAGAACAUCUCCUACAUAUGGACAUAAGGGUGGGCGAACUAUCGUGUUUGAGAGCAAAGGGAGGGCUCUUGUCGGGCUCCAUGGAAGGAGUUGUUGGGCUAUGGAUGCUAUAGGUGCAUAUUUUGGUACGAUCCCUAUUCCUCCUCCUCCUCCCACGGAGAAACUACAAGGAAAAGGUGGUGAUGGAGGUGAAUCAUGGGAUGAUGGAGCUUUCGAUGGUGUGAGAAAGAUAUAUGUGGGACAAGGUGAUAAUGGUAUUUCAUCUGUCAAGUUUGUGUAUGACAAGAACAACCAGUUAGUCCUAGGAGAAGAGCAUGGAAAGAAGACUAUGCUUGGAUACGAAGAGUUCGAGUUGGAGUAUCCGAGUGAAUACAUCACGGCAGUGGAGGGUUAUUAUGAAAAAACAUUUGGAAGUGACUCUGCAGUAAUAAUCAUGCUUAAGUUCAAGACCAAUAAACGAACCUCUCCGCCUUUUGGAAUGGAAUCUGGCGUUAGCUUUACACUCGGGAAGGAAGGUCACAAAGUGGUCGGGUUCCAUGGAAAAGCUAGCCACGAGCUUCAUCAGAUUGGGGUUAGUGUCGCACCAAUCACCAAGUGACGUCCUUAAACUAUAUUCUCAUAUUGAAUUUGACCAUGCAUGUUGGUUAAGGGCCUCUCUCGUAUCUCCACCCCUUUACUACGUACGUGUGUAGUCUCCAAUGGUUUUAUUUUGAAAUCUAUUUCAAUUAAGCAAUCUCGUGUAAUAACAGCAAGGUUUUCGAACCAGGUUGACUUUUAACUAUUAAAGGAUAAUCUAUUUUAUUGUUGACAAAAUAAUAAAGAA